AUGAACGUAGGCGUGUACCUCCUAACUGCCUUCCUUUUGUACACAUCCCUACUGAAUUACAAAACGUUGGUGCAGCUGAUUAGUCCUGCCUCUGGUGAGGACAUACAGAAGGGGAACCACCGUCUAUAUCGCGCCAUUGAUCACUGCUUGGACGUCUUCUUGGAGAAUGGAUUUGUCAGCAUCUACCUUUUAGUUGCAUUCCAGCCACACAGAGAUGUUUACUCGAAGCGGAGUCCUCAGAACUACCUCUUCGCCAAAGGGUUGCUCGUGUUCUUUUUCUUCUUCCUCAUCCACUUUAUCCUUAAUGUAGGAAGUAACUUCCCACUGAACAUCUUCUUUCUAAUCAUUACGACAUUCCACUUGUCCGAAUUUUUCCUCUCUUUCUUACACAACAGAGAUAAUUCCAACUAUUACAACUUUUUAGUGAACCCUAAUUGGGGCUACGUCUACUUCUUCAUCCUUACGCUGCUUGAAUAUUACGCCAAGAUUUUUUUCUUCGUCCUGGUGCACUUCUUUGAGAAAUACUUCAGCAAGAGGCUUCUUCAUAACCUCCUCAUUGUGAAUUAUUUUUUCCUCCAGAAUUUUCUGCCGAAUGGGAGAAGCGUAGGCUCCUACGGCUAUGUUAAUCAGAUCGAUUGGGGAGAAAAUGGCGGCGCACGCCAAGUUGGCAUCGGGGUCGGCGUGGGGGUGAGCGGCGGAGUGAGCAAGGGAGUCACCUGGAGAGUCAGCUCUCUUGUUGGCACGAGAGCGGCAGAGGGCGGACACCAGGGGGAGCCCUCCUUACUUCUCCUUCUGCAGAACCGCAUGCUCGUGAAGGGGGAGCUACGCAAGGGGGCCUUCACCCUUCCGUUAGCAAAAGGACAGCCAAGUUCUUCCCAAAUCGAUGCAAAACGUAAGGGAGAAACGGAGACUUUUCCCACGUGUGACGGCGCUUCCCCCCUUGGGAGGACCUACGGAGGGUGCCUCUUCACCAUGGGACCACCUAUCCUUGACAAAACCACGACAUGCAAAACGUACGACUUAAGCAACUCCAUCUGGAAAAAAAUUAUCCACCAAUACGCAGACAUAUUUGAUAAGUAUCAAGUGAAGGGAAGCUACAAACAGGCACACAAGUACCACCUCCUAUUGGUUCUGCUAUCCAUGCUGCUUUCUCUGUGUGGGUUACUUUUGCGAAUAUUAGGUUUGCUUCAUUGCUCGAGGAACUUCUGCUUCUACGCUUUGAGCAGUGACCAGUUGGCCGACAGGUGCCUCAAGAACAAACAUAAGUUGGUGACGUCCGGUGUGUAUAAGUAUAUGAGGCAUCCCUGCUACACUGGCUGGUUCUACUACGCAUUGUUCUUGCAACUGCUCCUCAUGAACCUUUUCUGUUUCGUAUUAUCUUUUUUCGUCUCGUGGGUCUACUUUUAUCGAACCAUCAAAAUGGAAGAGACGUAUUUGCUGGAGUGUUACGGCGAGGAAUACCGAAGUUACAAGCGGAAAACGCCCAACAUAUAG